UAAAUGCAUAAUUUAUAAACUGCGUCUCCAUUUUCCAACGAAAAUGCAAAUCAUAAUGUGCACUUGAUCGACGUUUAUCUUAUCUAGGAUCGAGUCGAAACGAGGAAAGUAUGAAUCGAUAAGGCGACGUGGUGGUGUGCAACCCAAACGCGAAUAUCAUUUUCACUGGAAACGACUGCGGUAGUCGAUGUUAACGAACACCCCUGCGAACAUCGUUCGCUAAUGACUCGGGCCCGGAAUUACGAACGUGAAUCGAUCGUCAUCGCGGUGGAAAUAAUUGGUUCGCUCGUCACAUUUCGCCCGUUACAUUUGCUACGCGAGAGAUACGAGAUACGCGGAUGGAAAAAAAAAAAAAAAAAAGUCGUGCUGAGAAAAGAGCCGCCCCAGAAGAGGUCGAGAGAAAGCACGAAUGCGGCUAGGUAGGGGAGAGACGAAAAAAAAUGAGGGGAUGAUAAUCUAAUGGUAAAUAGCAUGCAUACGAGGACAGCAGCGUAGACUGCGAACAUUCUAUUCUAUCGUUUCCCCCGAUCGAGUGCCGGGGAGGGGGAAAUUUUUCGAAUCUUAAAUUUAAUCUUAAUCCAAGAAUCUAUCCAGAAACGUCCAAACGGAAGAAUUAAGAAAAAUAACACGAUACUCGUAUCGUAUAAUUCUACGCAUCAAGGAGUAAGAAAAUUUUGAGAUGGAAGUAUUAUUAAACUCGGGGAUUCGAUGAAAAUUGAUACAAAGGAGAAAAAAUAGGGAGGGAUAGGGGAGACGGCAGGAUCGCGUAAUUCCCGAAUCCCGUCUCGGCCAAUUUAUAACGCUCCUCCUCUUUGUCCCAAACUUCCGUUCGUCGAGUAUCCUGGGAACAGGCAGAGUAGUAGUACGUAGUCCAAUUGCCCCCCCCCUUGCUACGCCAUUGGGCGUGGGGUGGCGAGAGGAGCUCGGUGCCCAACGGCACAGGGGUUUCGAAUAUCGAUCUCUCGCGUUCUCCUAGUCAUUCACUCUCUCCUCUACGCUUCCACUCCGCUCUCUCUCUCUCUUUCUCCUCGUUCCCCUCCCUCCCGCCGUUGCACGGAGCUCGGCUGCGAACAACUCGAGGGGGAGUGGAGAGGGGCGAGGGAAGGAAGGGUUCACCAGGAAGUCCCAGCCAAAGCCCAGGAGCGGAGGACAUUCACCAGUCGAGCAAACACACGCACAUGCACCCACCAACGAUGCGAAACUUUGCCCGGACCGCAGCCCUCCAACCUUCAAAUUUCACCAUUUUUUUUUUCUUCCAUUCCAUUCUUCUCCGAUUCCGCAUCGGCUUCGCUUCGUUUUAUCCGCUUCCAAUCUUUCUUCGGAAACGUACGAUUCCCUCGUUAGAGCGCAAGAUCUGCAUCUCUAGAUGCACGUGGAUCAGGAAGGAUAUUUGUUUUUUUCUAUCCAGCGAUAUAAUUCUUCGAUAAAAUUCGAUAAUCGUGUCUUGGAAUCACGAAUAAAUUUGCGGAUAAAUAUUUCAUCGAACGAGGGAAGAAAAGUUUCCAAUGUAUAUAUGAAAAUUAUGCAAGUUGGUUGAUUAACGCGGUUGUUGAAUCGUUAUUUGGAUGUAUCAGAAGUAUCUUUUUAAGAUGUACAGGCGAGCUUCCAUAAUUUUAUCCCUUCUCCUCUGACGCGCCAUAUUUGCUCGGCCGGGAGCCGGGUCAGAGAUAAAUAUGCGUGACUUAAGCCCGGUUUGCAUGUUGCGCGAAAUCCGUAUGCGUAUAUCCGGGAACGAGGUUGCACACGUGCAAGGGAGGCUGCCGCAUAGAUGCAGCCUUCUUGAUAAUCGAGCUGCGGUUACGUAUGCGUAUUACGCGUUGUAGCUGCACAACCGCGGUUCCGCCCUCGUUAACCGCUCGUUCCCCAAGAAAUAGCGGAUCUUUCGUCCCGUAAAAAAAAUUAUCCCGCUGGUUCGAAUAUUUAAAAAGUAUGAUAUUCUUACUCCUCCUCUUGAUAUUCUUAUAUCGAUACGAAGGAGAAAAGAAUAAACCGUUUGACGGGCAAAUAUUUGCGACGGAAGAGAGCGAUCGAUCAUCUUCCUAUCAUCAUCCACGCUUGAUGGAUUAUGUUUCAAAGAGGGGGGAGGAGGAGAGAGUAAAAUCCUCGGCUUUUAUCCGACUGAAAUAUAACACCACGUGUUACAACGUUCUCCUAUCCUGUCUAUCCUUAUUUCUCUCCGUAUCGUUUCCCAUUCUUUAAAACGAUUCCUUGGUGCAUCAGUUCUAUGAACUCUUUCGUCGAGUAACUUGGAACGAUCGACGUAAAUCAAGGUUGAGACACGCGAGACGCGUCGUGGUUUCAAGGGAAAAACGAAAAAGAAACAGGGUGCAGGGACAUCGUAUCGAUUCAACAAACCAAGGAAACCAACGCGUGGAUUCGCCACUACCGGUGUCGUCCAGUCGGCCAGGCAACAGAGGUUGAGAGGAUCGCGUGGACCACAUCAGGGGGUUCGAUUCGAUUCGUUCGAGCUAUGUCCGACGGGACAGGUACGUAAAGACUGUACGCCAGAUCCUUCGAUUCUUCGAGAGUUAUACCGUUGAUAAGCACGAGAUUCGGUUCCGUGACCGAAGCGCGAGGCACGUAACAUCGCGCCACCGUUCAGCGUGAUCUUCACAUCCUCGCGCAACACCGUUCUAUGCAUCGGCGUGCAUAUAAUACGUGUUCCUAUAUCCAUCCAUUUCCCAAUGGAUCCUCGUGUGAUCCGUCAAGUCGAUCGAAUCUUAAGAAGCAGUCACGCAACAAGCUCGACUGCACUUUGACAUUUGCCAAGUGUUCCUCUUUAAAGAGCGGCCAACCUCGUCGAAUAUAUAGAUUCCGCCGGAGGAAUAAUUUUUCACUCGGUUUGAAAUUCGUGGCUUAUAUUCUUUGUUACAUUCCUUCCAGUGUUUUUCCAUUAGACGCUUUUUCUCUUCUUUUUCUUUUUCCUCUCUUGACCUAACUUCCGUUUUUACGCGUUCACAAAAGAAAUAAAGGAAUUUUGUUUAUGACGUGGUAGAAGAACUCUUGGGGAGAAGAAUGUUAACGAAAUUGCCUCUCCUUUUCGUUCUAAGAUUGAAAGAUUUAAUAGAAAUUCAAUGACGCGUGUUACUUUCUCUCUUUAUUCCUCACGUUCGCCAUCCUUGAUCGUUCCUCACACUUUUCUCUCUUUGUUCCCCGCUUGUAAUUACUCUUCCCGACAAUCAGUUCUACCACCGUCCUCGGAUCUCUUUUCUCUCCAAUUUCCCAGGAAUUUUCUUUCACUUUCUCUCACAGUCGUAAUUGCGGCGUAGCGAUAGACAUUUGUCCAAAUUAUAUAAAGUUUUCCUUUCGAGAGAAAUUAUUAUGAAAAUUAUUAUUAUGAAUUAUUAUAUCGGUGAGUUAUCAAUCGAUAUCAUCGAAUAAUUCUACGAGAAUUUCUCGUUAAUUUUUAUCUUCUUGGAAAUCGUUAAUCGAUAGAGUCACACUGUCAGUCACUACCAUUGACUGAUUACACAAAGUUCACGUGACAAUAUAACACGUUACCGAGUUCUGCGUCAAUCGGUGAAUCAUUGAUAACGGAAUUGCGCAAUGGAAAGUCACUAUAGCCCGACUGACAGCCCCUAAUUUUCCUCUCUCUUCCUUCACCUUCCUUUCCUUCCUUUCCUUCCUUCCUCCCUUCUUGGCUAUAGGCGCGCAACUUUUAGCCAUCGGACGUGUCAUUUACCGGCACCGCGCUGGACUGCAUGGAAAUAGAUAUCGAACAAUCCUGAUUUAGAAAUCCGCACGCGACGCCUUAUAUGCCUCCCCCUCCUCCUCCCCUCUUCUAAAGAAUAAUGCAUAAGAGAAACGGAGUUGAACUUCGGAUACGGCGACGCGACGUGGUACACGUCCAAGACGUGACGUGUACCUUCGCCUUGUCUCUGCUUUCUUCCGUCUUCGUGUAACGCGCCACGUGGAUAAGUCCGAUAGUGUAACAAUUCUGCUUCGAUCGUUAACAAGGGGAACAGAGAGAAAAGAAUCGAGAGAGAUAAAAAGAUGAAACAAAUUUGGGAAAGUUGAAAAUCGGUUUCAUCGUUCGAUUCAAAUCGGAAGGUGAGGUUUCGUGACGGGGGAGAGAAACUCUUUAACCAUCGUUCGUUUCCCACGAACGCAAAAUUGCGACGAGCAAGGAUUAUUCCUCGUUUUUAGAUAAAAGAUAUCGGCAAAUUUGCGGGAUCGAAAGUAAAUUGCCGGAUGGACUAACUCCUCUUCAUUUAGAUUUCGAUCAACUGGCGUAUCUCGUGCAAACCGCAAACGACUUCGAUCGUUUCGCUGGAAAACCUCGUUUCUAGAAGAUCUCUGACGCGUGGCAGCCACGCGAAUUCCCGCCAAUCUCGCCCGAUUGAACCGCGCGAAAUCACGAAAUCAGAAGAGAGAUUCCUCGCACGAGAACCGACACGGGAAUUAACCCUAACGUGCUGAUCCACGGCACGAUCAGACCUUACUCACGUAGGUGGUAACACCCGCCAUAAAAGGUAGGUAAACCCAAAGGAAAGCCAGUCUGUUCCCAAGUCUUCUGCUUGCUGGAUCUCUUCUCCUCGAGGAUGGAUCCGUUGGAGCAUACCAGCCUUUAUCAAAGAGCUGAGAGCGAAGACAGCGAUGCAGAAGGAGGGUUGGGCAACGUGAAUAAGAUGAUAAUACGGCCGCCAGGGCAUAGCGGGAAGGCGAAGAAAGGGCACAUCUGCUUCGACGCCUCGUUCGAGACCGGCAACUUGGGCAGGGUGGAUCUUAUCUCGGAAUUCGAGUACGAUCUGUUCAUCAGGCCGGACACUUGCAACCCGCGACUUCGUAUGUGGUUCAAUUUCACCGUGGACAACGUGAAGGCCGACCAACGAGUGAUCUUCAACAUAGUUAACAUAUCCAAGAGCGCGAAUCUGUUUCGAAAUGGGAUGACACCGUUGGUAAAGAGUAGCAGUAGAUCGAAGUGGCAAAGAAUUCCCAGGGAUCAAGUUUUCUACUACAAAUCGGCGCAACAUCAAAACCAUUACGUGCUCAGUUUCGCAUUUUCUUUCGACCGCGAGGAGGACGUGUAUCAAUUCGCCCUGACGUAUCCGUACUCAUACAGCCGUUAUUUGGCGCAUCUGGACAACCUUUGCACCAGGUUAACGUACACGAGGAGAGAAACUAUAGCCACGUCGAUACAAAAGAGGAAGAUCGAGCUGGUCACGAUAAGUUCGAAUCUGGACAACGUUCAAGAUCGUUCGAGAAAGGUGGUGGUUGUCCUCGCAAGGGUGUAUCCAGGCGAGUCACCCUCCUCGUUCGUUUGCCAAGGUCUAAUGGACUUUCUGGUCAGUUCCCACCCCAUCGCCCAAGUGUUGAGGGAUCACAUCGUUUUCAAGAUAGUGCCCAUGCUAAAUCCCGACGGUGUAUUUCUUGGCAAUUAUAGAUCCACCUUAAUGGGGGCCGAUUUAAAUCGCUCGUGGAACAAAAUAUCUGAAUGGCUUCAUCCCGCAUUGGUAGCAAUUAAACCGAUAUUGAAGAGUCUCGAUAAGAAUUCCCUCACGCCAUUAGAUUGCGUCUUGGAUUUGCACGCUCACACCAACGCAACAGGGAUUUUCGUUUACGGAAACACAUACGACGAUGUGUACAGGUACGAAAGGCACAUCGUGUUACCAAAAUUAUUGGCGCAGCACGUUGAAGACUAUGAGAUAGAAAACACGAUGUACAAUCAGGAUCCUCACAAGGGUGGUACUGCACGUCGUUAUCUGUGCUCCAUUCUCAAGGAGCACGUGAAUUGCUACAGCAUCGAAGUAUCGAUGUACGGAUACAAUAGGAAAGCGAUGCCUGGAAUAUUCCCAUAUACCGAGGAAGGAUAUUACAGAUUGGGGCGCAAUCUUGCCCGCGUCUUCCUAGAAUAUUACAAAUUAAUGGGUAUCAUCCCGACCGGACUUCCCGAUCAACCGUCCACCAAACGUACGAGACAGUCACGGCCGAGGCAUCGGAUUCUUAGGGAGCCUAGGCCGAAGACUUGCAGGAAACCGGCGCCCAUACACCUUGCCAGCAUUCACGAGUACUUUCAAGAGGAGACGGAGAUGGCCGCGAGCGGCGGUUGUCGAUCGAUGAGCGGCACGCGGAUGAGCCAGCUUGGGACCGGAACUGGAAGUGGAACGGGCGUCGGCGGGUGCAGGAACCGGAGCUACAGGUUCCGGAGCCCCGGGGCACCGCUCGACAGGGUGCAGGCCCUGUCCAGACAUCCCGCCGAGCCGAGGCUCACCAUUAUCGAUUUCAAUCAGCUGACAAGGGGCGGUUUGGAACUCGCUACCAGCAAGAACAGGGCAAAGGUCGCUCGAAAACCCGUCAAAUCGAACAGAUAGCUAUCUUCUAUGCGCUUAUUCUUCUCGUUAAUCGAUAGAUCAAAUGAUUUACUCGAGAAAGAUUUGAAAUUCGUGAAAAUCCCUUUCGUUAGAAAUUAUUCAUAAUAAUAUUCUCGAAAUUUUUAAUACGAUAAUAGACAUCUAGAAGAAAAAGAAUAAUGUAAUGAGAAGCGAUAUGCAUCGUGUAUCAUCAAUAUGAUCGUUAUAAAUUUCGUAAAAAUGCUUCUUUACGCGGUAAAGUAUGUAGGUUAACAACUAUCUCGGUAUAAAAAUAAAAUUGAUAGAUAGCGAUAUAAAAAGUCGGUAAUGGCAACAACGAUACGAUCCAAUGAUUCAAGCGCGCGAUAUCAAAUCGUAAAGGAUUGAUUUAUAGGGUUGUUAUGUUCUUCCGAUGCCGCACACGCUUUUUUAAUUUAAAAAUAAUAAUGAUAAUAAUCGAGGAUCAUAAUUUAAAAUUAUCACUAUAAAAUAAAUGUA